AUGGCGUUCGUCAGAUUUGUAGCGGUGUUAUCGGUGCUUUUUUGGUCACUGUACUUUCGAUCUGGCUCUAAAUGCACGGAAAAUCAAGCUCAGGCUAAGUCAAACUCUUUUAGAAGCGACAAAAUAGAUGCCUACAAUAACAAGUUUCCUCAGUAUUCGAGGAUAUGCCUCGACGACGUCUCGGCCGCGUACAAGUGGCAAUGGCGGUCACUACAAUCGCUUGGCAUUGUAACGGGAAUUACGAUUUCGGACGUGCACUUGGAUAAGUCAUUGCGAUACGACACGAAGAUUCGUGAGAAGAUCCUAUCUAAACGGCAAGUUUGGCAACCCGAGGGUAUUAAAAUCCCCAUUUAUUGGCAAAGGAUUACAACACACGGUUAUGUUUAUAAGCGAAAAUGGCUAAAUAAUCGCGUGUCCUACUAUUCAAAUUCGUCUGCCACAUUUAACACUGCUGUAAUGUCCAUCGAUCGCAGUGGGGACGUUCAUCCACAUCCUGGGCCAAUUGCAAGAACAAAUAUCGACAACGAUCAUGGUGAAUCCAACGGCAGAAUUCCGGUAAGAAUAACUAAUCGAGUCAGUAAAAGUGACCACCGUUUAAAUACUAGAACUAACCAAAGACAGAGAGUUCCAUUAAACUGUGUUAAUAUUAGCAUAAAUCGUCAGUAUAGCCAAAAUUCGUUUGUUAGUCAAUCAAGUUGCACCGGACAGUAUAAAAAUCUCAAUAAAUCCUUAAGAAUUGCUCACCUCAACGCGCAGUCCUUAAAGAACAGGACUCGUUUUCACGAACUGACAGAAAUGGUGUCUGAAAAGGACUUUGAUAUUUUAACGAUUUCGGAAACCUGGUUUAAUUCAUCAGUUUCGAAUGCCUCAGUUGCCUUAGACGGAUACAAGCUUUAUAGAUUAGACCGUUUACGAAAAGUCGGAGGCGGAGUAUGUGCAUAUAUAAGAAAAUAACCUCAAAGCUAAGAUCCUAAAAAACAUCAGCGAGAUAACGACCUCUGGCUUUCACCAGCUUUGGUUAAAUGUUCAAAAUAAUAAAUUAAAGUCUUUCAUCAUUGGAGUAUUAUACAGGCCCCCGGAUUGUCCUAUUAGUUUCAUUGACAAUGACCUUAUGCCUCGAUAUACCGAAGUAUUAUCAUCAGGUAAAGACGUUGUGUUAGCUGAUGACCUCAAUUGCGACCUUCUAUCUGAAAAUCCCAGCUCGGAAGCCCUACUUUCAUUUGCAUGUUGCGUUGGCGCAACACAACUAACUGAUAAAAGAUCCCACUAGAGUUACUUCUAACUCAUCAACAUUGAUCGACGUUUUAUUUGUUUCCAAUCGUAACCUCGUUAAGUCAAUCGGAGUUUAUGAAACCACAAUUAGCGACCAUUUCUUAAUCUAUGCGGUUUUGAAUUUAAAAGUGACAAAACCAGCUAUACAAACCAUUGUGACUCGUAGUUUUAAAUCUUUUAACCCUACAGACUUCUCGCGCGACAUUUCGAUGAUACCGUGGGACGUAAUAAAUCUAUAAGAUUCUGUUGACGACCGACUAGCCGCCUUUAACACUUUGUUCCUGACAUGCUUAGAUAAACACGCCCCCGAGAAAGUCAUUAAACUUAAAUAUAACCCAAACCCAUUCAUCAAUAGGGAGUUAAGGUCGUUAAUACGAAACAAAUCCCAACUUCAUCAAAUAGCAAGAGCUACUGGGACAUUAUAGGAUUGGAAUGCUUUUAAAUCAUUAAAACGGAGGAUCAAAUGUGCCAUCAGACAAGCGGAAACAGAUUAUUUCAAUAAAGAAAUUCUCUCUAAUAAAAAUUGCCGCGGUGCAAUUUGGAAAACAAUCCGUCGUGCAAUACCAAAAUCAUCUAGCCAGCAGUUGACCUAUACCAAAGAUACAGUAUCCUUAUCUAAUCAAUUUAAUGUAUUUUUUACAUGCGUCGGGCAACAAGCUGCUACAUCUUCAAGAAAGCUUGCUGUAGAACAUGGGCUACAAGCAUCAGAAUCAGUUCUCCCCGUGCCAUAUCCUGAAGAUGAGUUAUUUUAUUUCAGACCAGUAACAUGUGAGGAGGUAAAUAAAGUUAUCCUGUCAAUGCCCAACAACAAAGCACCGGGAUAUGAUAAAGUCCCAGUUAAAGUAAUUAAGAACUGUCGCCCCGAAAUUUCGGAUACUGUCACCACGCUGAUAAAUCUAUCCUUCGAGAGUAACACAUUUCCACGUGAAUGGAAAAAAGCGGUAGUGAUACCCCACCUCAAGGAAGGCGACCAUGAAGAGGCUGAUAAUAACAGGCCUAUUUCUCUACUACCAGUACUUUCCAAAAUCGCUGAACGCUUGGCUCUGAUCCAGUUUACAGAAUACUUAGUUCAAAAGCAGAGAUUAACUAACCAUCAAAGUGAAAAUAGAAAGUUACACUCCACUGAAACCAUUAGCCUACUUAUCACUGACCACAUUUUUAGAGCAAUGGACGAAAAAAAGAUUUCAGCAAUGGUUUUAAUAGACCUGAGUAAAGCCUUUGAUAGAAUUUGCCAUGAAAGACUACUCCAAAGGCUCCAAAAUGUAGGCGCUUCUUCCUCUAGCGUUGAUUGGUUUCAGAGUUAUCUAUCCGAUAGAUAUCAAGUCACACGCAUUGGUCAAUCUACAUCAACUCCUUUAUUGGUGAAACAUUGA